CACCACCCACCGACUGUAAAGCAGGCACCGCCACCACCGACUGUGAAGCGGGAAUCGUCAUCGGCAAUACUGGCACCUUUGAAGUUGCUGAGUGGAUGUGGUGUGCCUGGUGUUUUGUCUGGAGUGAAUGUGGAUGACACGACCAUAGGCAAACUUUCGUCGAAGGAAUGCAGUAUGAGAGCAGUCGGCGAUGGCGGACGCAUUUCCAGUGAUAUGUCGUCUUCGUUGCCCCAAGUUGGGUCAGAUGGACGGCACUCUUCUUCUUUAAGAGAGAGCCUAGAUGAACUUUUGCCCUGUGGUGAGGGUGGUGAUGCUGCGUCGAGAAAUGAUGUCGGAGAAGGUCCGGACAGUUCUUUUGUCAUUUGUGAGAAAUUGCUCAGGCUGCUAGGGCGCAUCGCUUGUUCCGGUAAAGAGGUUUCGUACGGUGCUACAACUCCUGACGCUGCAGUAAAUGAUAAUAAUAACCUUCUCCAGUCCUGCUACGGUGAUGAACACGCUCUGCUAGACGAUCUGUUCGCGCAUGUUCUUCUGGCUCUUGAAAAGGUGGUGGAAAACUUUCUUUGCAGCGCCUUGACAAGGGAGUGGAAGGACAAGCUUCAGUGCGAGGUGUCACGGCAGUCACCUUCGGAAGUGGAGACCCCGCGGCGUUGGAUGACGGCGUGGCGUCAGGCGCAACGCCGGGACGAAGAGACAUGGAUUGAGUGGAGGUCUGCGCUUUGCCGCUCCUGGCGCCGCACCCGGCGGGAGAGUGCAUCACGAGAGCGGAGCGAGUUUCUAAACGCUGCCCUUUUUCACUUUGACCCCGUUGGCGACGCAUCAAGGCCGGGUGCCUCGAGCCCCUCGCACCGCGGUGCUGGGAGGCGUCAGAGGGAACAGCAGGCGAUUAAUCAGAGGCUUUACGCGCUUUUAUACCGUAUGUUUUGGACCUGCCCUGCGCUUCUGCUUGACGAGCAAACCCAGCGUCUGGCGGCGGGGGCCGGGUUUAGUUUGGACUCCGUGCGUCAGGGGAUAUGUGCGGUGGGAGACGAGGAGGCGGAGGCGGAGGAGAUCACCGGUUUUAUACGCAGUCUUUCUCGUCGCGGGCAGGGUCAGACGCGCGAGACUGACCUCGCAACGCUUGAGGAGGUGGAACGGUUGUUUGCUGCCGAGCGUCGGGCGAUGUUGCGCCGGCUCGACGCGGGACAACCCCCGCCUUCCUCCUCCUCCUCACCGGCGACGUCGUCAUGGCCAGCGCAGCCCACUGGGGGUCCGCAUGCAUCGUGCAGUCCGUCCCCACAGACCAAUAGUUCCACCACUUGUUACUCCGCGGCCUCGCUGCUUCGGUACGUUGAGCCGAAUCCCAUUCAACUUUGCCCCCCAAGUUUGACGUCACUCGGCUGCGGCUCCCCUGCCGCACGCAUUCCGGAUGCAGUGGAGGGGCGGUUAGCGAGGCAUCUCACCUCCCCAAUUUACGAGACGGCUUUUCACGCGUCCGACGCCCAUCUUGACACUUUCGACAUGCAAACGGCGAGGCGAACGAAUGGCUAUGAAAGUCGAUGUGUAUUGUGGCCUGCAGAAGCAGGGGAUAGCGCUAAUGCCGCACAGUCGCCAAAGCCGCGUCUUGUGAAUCGGGCAGAGUCAGAGCGACGGCUGCCAUCUGCGUUAAGGACCCCAAGGUCUGUAUCCUGGUGGUGA